AUGGCUUCCAACUCGUCCUUCAAGCUUCUGAUCUUCCUCACCGUCUUGGUCCUCGCGGCCAUGGUUCCCGCCUUGGAUGUCACGGAGAAUCUUGGCAAUGUCUACGAUGAUGACCACUUGCUGGGCAUUCCUACCUCGCGCUCGCUAGUUGAUGAACCUCGCGCUUUGGUCCCCCGCGCUGGUUUCGUAACUGUUACUGUUACAGACACAGUGUGUGCUCCUCCGCCCGUGGCUACCACUUCUCAAAGCACGGGUACCGCUCCUGGAGCCCCGGGUGCACCCCCAGCCCCUACUGUGACCACCCUCUCUGAGACUACCGUGGUGACUGGUUCUGCUCCUACCGACACUGGUCCUACCGGCACUGGUCCUACCGGCACUGGUCCUACCGGCACUGGUCCUACCGGCACUGGUCCUACCGGCGCUGGUUCCACUGUCAUCACCGCGACUGGAACCGUUUCCACAUCAGUUUCCACUAAGUCUUCUAGCGGGUCCAGUACUGCUCACCCAACUAGCUCCCAGUAUACAGGGCAAGCAGGUACUACCGCCACUGCCAGUGGUAGUCAAACUUCUACCGUUGCCCCGACUUCGAAUGAAGCGGUUGUGCAGGGGAGAAUAAGCAACGUUUUGCUGGUCCUGGUAACGACUUUCAUUGGCUUCCUGAUGACCGGAGCGUCCAUUGGCAUUGCGGCACCGGGUGCCUACCCAUGA